AGUUGGCCUUCCGUAGUAGUUACAUUAUUUCUCAAUCAGAUCCUUCGGUUUCUUUUCUAACUACCAUUUGUUAGUGUGAUUUUUGUUAUCAUGACAGAACCGUCCACAGAAAUGGCUGGCGAAGGAAAAGCCGCAGACGACAGUAGUGCACCAAAAGGGAAGCAAAUGAGGACUAUUGUUUUGACUGGAUUUGGCGGAGUUAAAAUGUUGAAAACUCAACAAAAAGCGGAACCAACACCUAAUGAAGGAGAAGUGCUGAUACGAGUCAAAGCAUGUGGACUUAAUUUUUUUGAUCUGAUGGUUCGUCAAGGCAUACUGGACAACCCACCCAAAACUCCUAUAACGAUGGGAUUUGAGUGUUCAGGAGAGGUUGAGGCUGUCGGAGGAGAUACAACAGGGUUUAAGGUUGGAGAUAGGGUUAUUGGUUUUUGUGAUUACAAUGCUUGGGCAGAGGCUGUUGUACUCCCGGCUCAGUUGGUGUAUAAAAUGCCGGACAAUAUGAGCUUCCAAGACGGUGCUGCAUUAGCAAUGAACUACUUAACUGCUUAUAUAAUGUUGUUUGAUAUGGCCAACCUGAGGAAAGGACAAUCUGUGUUUGUUCAUUCUGUUGGUGGCGGCGUGGGACAAGCUAUAGGCCAACUCUGUAAGACGGUGGAGAACGUGACGGUAUAUGGCACAGCUUCUUACUACAAACAUGAGUUUGUAAAGGAGAGUGUGGACCAUUUAUUUGAUAGAGUAGUAGAUUAUUCACAGGAAGUUAGAAAACUAUCCCCAGAGGGUGUGGAUAUCGUUUUAGAUUGUUUAUGUGGAGACGAUACAAAUAAAGGUGUUUCACUGCUUAAACCAAUGGGAAAAUAUGUCCUUUAUGGAUCGUCAAACAUAGUCACAGGAGAGACAAAAAGCUUCUUUAGUUUUGCUAAAUCGUGGUGGCAGGUUGACAAGAUCAGUCCAAUAAAACUGUAUGAUGAGAACAAAUGUAUAGCUGGUUUCCAACUCCGUCAUCUUGUCUUUAAACAAGGACAACACCUAUAUGUUAAGGCAGUCAUGGAGCAACUUUUCAAACUGUAUAAUGAUGGAAAGAUCCGACCAGUUAUAGAUUCAGCAUGGGCACUGGAAGAUGUUGGAGACGCAAUGCAGAAACUACAUGACAGAAAGAAUGUUGGCAAAAUAAUUUUAGAUCCAAGCUUACAACCAAAACCAAAGCUUGCUGGCCAAGGGAGACAACAUACAGAGAGUACAUGUAGUGAUGACAACAAAGAGAAGGAACCAGUUGUUAAUGGAGAAAACCAGUCAUAAAUGAAGAUGGUGUAGUGUAAAGAACUGUGUUACCAGGAACCAUGCUAAAUCAUUGCAUUGUCAAGAUUACUACUUAUUUUGCUAUAAUGAACAGCAUGAAGUACAUGAAUGCCAUGUACAACAAACCUGACCAAACUUUUGUGGAAGAUAAAUGUCAUUUAUUAUUUGUAUGUUAGUAAAUAGAUUUUUUUAUGUUGCUAGAAUUGUUCCAUCCAUCAAAAAUGGCAUAGUACUUAAAGUGACUGAGCAUAUAGUACUCAUAAAACGCCUCUACUUAAAACCAUAUAACAUGUAAAGUCAGAAAUGUUAACUAUACAAGUCAUUACUCCAAAUGACUUUGAUGGAUUAUUGUAAACUUCUUUUAAGUAUUUUUUUUAAAUAUUCUACAAGUUUAAUCGUCAGUUUCAAAGUAGAACCCCUCGUUUAAAAGUUCUCUUAAAAUAACUGUCUUACCAUCUUAUCUAUAUUUCUAAUUGUUGGAUUAGUAAUUUCUUGAAUACUUCCUUGUGUGUAAAUUUUUAUACCAUACCUAAUACAGUGAAUAUGAAUGUAAAAACUUAUUCCAAGUCAUUUGUAAGUCUACUGUUUCUAUUGUUUAGACUAUUAAUGAAAUCUUUCUCCAGUCUCUUGGAGAAAUAAAACUUCUCUUUUGGCAGUUUUAAAUAUCACAUGAAAAGUGCUCUUGGAAAUAUUCAUUGGACUUGUUCAAAAACUAAUGGAAUAUCAUUUGUUAAACAUCAACAUUUUAAAUUGCCAAAGUUUGUAGCUAAAUUUUGUCAAAAUUCUAUUUUUAGAUAUUAACUGCUGUAUGAUUUGGUGCUGUUUAUAGAUGUUUGUGUUGUUUUACCGGGAUUAAAAGGGCAUUCGUUAAAAUGAUCCAACAUGUUUGUUAUCUAUACCCCCACAAGUAUUUAUAAUUGUUUAUUAUUGUUGUGCUUUAUUAAGCAUUAUCAAUGCAUAUAUUAGAACCACCAGUUCACAUGGACUUUUAAUAAUUAAAGCUUUACCGCUUCAUAAUUCAUCAGCUAAAAAUAGAAUUUGUAUCUGUUUGUUAUGCAUUCACAAUAUGAUGACACUUUACCAUGCUGCACUUUUGACAUAUCUAAUACUGCUACUCAUCAUCCUACUGAAAAACUAAUUGUUUGUUUGGUGGAAAAAAAUAAUGAGCUCAGCCUACAUUAACUUGUAAAUGGAUUAUUAGGCUACCACCAUAACAAUUAUCUUGAUAAAACUCCAUGUGAACUAGAAGUAUUUUAUUGUUGUCAGAAACUGUGUAUUCAAGUUUUACUAUAUCAUAUACAUAUUGUUACCAAAUUUUAAAACUAUAUUUUGUGAUAAAUAUUGAUUUGUGUCUAAAAUAUCGGAGUUGUGAAUGAAUUCCCUAUGUGAAAGUAUGUCAAUGUAAGACAUUUAAAAUAUGUAAUACUGUGUGAGCCAUGUAUAAAUGGCAUUAUUCCUGCAUCAACUCUCAAUAACAAUUUAACAGGUCAGCUGGAUUUAGUAUUUCCACUUCUAUUUGAUUAUCCCCUAACAUUAAUUUAUUCACAUGAGAUUUUUAGUCACAGUCAUUUACUUGUACCUUGUGAAACCAUUAAACCAGACAUAUCCAAAGUGAUAGACAGUGUGUGAACCUAAAUAUUCAUUUGGUGUAAAAAAUAAAUCUGCCUGGCCAAAAUGAUAUUAAGUGGUAUUUUUUGACGGAAUACAUCUGCAACAAACUUGUCAAACAUGUCAGGUGAUCAAACAGAUGUCUUUCAUCGAUGGUUACAACUUACUAAACUUUCUUGGAGAAAUAUUACAUACUGUUACUUGUCUUUGCAGACACAGAGAACGUCAAAUGAGGAUAUUACCUUACCAUAAAGUAGUAUCUUUCUUUAUUUCAUUUUUAUUAUAAUAACAUUUUGAAAUGUACAUUAUUCUCCAACCAAUAGGUGUGCUCAAAGAUGGAAUAGGACCAAAACCAAAAGGUACAUGUUGAAAGUAUGUUCCAAAUGUUGUGAUAUAUAUGUUAUAUGUAUUUGUUGAUUAAACAAAACAAAAAACCAAUAUAAAAA